CCCUUCUCGCAUACUCACCACCGUCAAACCCCUUCCUCCCCCGCCGGCCACCCAUCGCCGGCCUCCUGCUACCGCCGGGCCGCGCGCCUUCCGCCGCUACUACCUCCCCCCGUACCCUCCCCCUCCUCCCCCCCUGCCGGAGCAUGGCGUCCAGCGGAGGAGAUCCGUCCGGAUUCGUCGAUUGCACGAUUCCACCGCAACCAGAAAUUGUAGUUGAUAAUAACCCCUCGAAGAGUGUAAAUACCAAAGAGCAGAUUAUUUCUAUUACAGCUGAUAAAACAACUGCUACCAAUGUGCAUGGCUCUACCUCCUUAAAGUCACCAAAAGGUGCACAAGAGAGGGCCAAUUUUUUGGGUAAAGGUGGAGAACAACCUUAUAUCUACCAGCCCAAUGUGUAUGCACCACAGCCACAGGCACUCUAUUCUGGAGGAUACAUGAAUCCUUCAGGGCAAUGGGAAGAGUAUCCCUAUUAUGUGAAUAUGGAAGGACUCCAUUCUGCGUCACCUUCAUUCAUGCUAUCUCCUGGAUACGCGAACAACUCCCAUAUGAUGUAUGGAGCUUAUUCUCCUGUUUCAACCGAUGGCCAGUCCUACUCCUCUAUGCAAUUCCCCUUCUCAAGUCCGUACUACCAGCCACCAGCUUCUCCUAGCAUGGGAUACUCAAAUUCUGGUACUGGAAUGCCUCAAGGAGACCCUAUGCUUCAGCAAGAAUACUUCCUUCCUGAUGGUCUUCUCUAUUCACCCACAGCAGCGUACCAUCAACCAUUCGGGUCUUACAACAGAGCACCAACACAACCAAACAAUGCUCCGGGAAUGUUUGGGCAAGGCAAUGCACCACUGGCUUCUGGAAUGCAGCAUGGAUCAAUGUAUGGUUCCGGAUCCUACAAGGCACGCCAACAAGGCAGUAAAUUUGGAGGCACUACUCCAAGUUGGAGUUCUGCGGGUCGCAGAUAUGGUAAUUUUGACUACAGCUCCGGUCAACAAAAGGGGAGCAUGCAAUUCGGUAUUCAGAAUGGUUCUCUGGAGUUUCUGAAUGAGCAAAACCGUGGCCCACGUGCUGCAAAACCAAAGAAGCAAGACACAGAGGACUCUUCAGUAGAUGAUAAAAGUGAGAAAGCCGUUCCGCUGGUUGAUAGUGAGCUGUACAACCGUCCUGAUUUUGUCACCGAAUACAAGGAUGCAAAGUUUUUUGUAAUAAAAUCCUACACAGAGGACCAUGUACAUAGGAGCAUUAAGUAUAAUGUUUGGGCCAGCACAGCUAGUGGGAAUAGAAAGCUGGAUUCAGCUUACCGUGCAGCCAAGGAGAAAGAAGACCAUUGCCCUAUUUUCCUGUUUUUCUCGGUUAAUGGCAGCGGUCAGUUUUGUGGUGUGGCUGAGAUGAUUGGACCUGUCGAUUUUGACAGAAGUGUUGACUACUGGCAGCAGGACAAGUGGAGUGGCCAGUUUCCUGUGAAGUGGCACAUAAUUAAGGAUGUCCCAAACAACCUGCUACGGCACAUAACUCUUGAGAACAAUGACAACAAACCUGUUACAAACAGCAGGGACACCCAAGAGGUGAAGCUAGAGUAUGGUCUCCAGAUGCUAACUAUCUUCAAGAGCCACGAGGCUGAGACAACCAUCGUGGAGGACUUUGACUUCUAUGAACAAAGAGAGAAAGCUUUGAAGGAAAAUAGACGUCAGCAGCAGCCUGGCAGCACAGAACCCCUGAAACCAACAGUUGCCAAAGCUGUAGGAGAUUCUAUUGAUCAUAUCUCGGACACAUUUUCUCGGACUGUCCAGCUGAAAGAAAUCGAGACAAGUGGAAACCAACUGAGAGCUGAGGGCGCCAUCUCAGCUGAUGAUGCGCAAACAGCUACCAUCAAGGCUGAAGAAAACAAGGUAGACAUGAAGGCAAGCCCUGUGGAGGGAAGCAAUUGAUUUGCUCUUCCCAUAUCGAUUUACUAGUUUGAAGCAGCAGUUGGAUCAUAUAAUGCUCAUCCGGAGGUGAAAAGGGGGAGGGCAGGUUGAUUGGUGUGGAAUGUGGGUUGCUGUUGCUUCAGUUGUACAACAUCAUAGGAUUUUAUUUCACCUCCAUUUAGGGUAUAGUUUCAAUAUCAUAGUUUCAAAAAUCUUGUUCCUGUCCCCCUAUUCCUGCUCUCCUUUCUUCUCUCCGUCUCCUGUCGGUUAAGCUCUGCGUAUGUCGUCAAUGCUGUCAGUUUUAGUGGUUGUCUUGUCUCCUCCUGUUUUGCUUGUGUCGCGUCGUGAAUGCUGUUUAGUUUUAGCGGUCUCCAUCUCCCUUCGUCUUGGUUCUGUGUCGUGUCGUGAAUCAUUUUCCAUUUAAGUGUUCUUCUGGUCAUCUUUCAUUUUACCUGUGUCUGGGAUGAAAAUUUCUGUUCCGUUUUCGUGGUACCAGAUCUGUGGCUGGGAAUACUGUUCAACUUUAGUGGUUCAGUGACGGUUUCA